GACAUCUUCAACUUCUGAUACUGUAAUUGAUAAUUAAUAUUUGGUUGAUUCAGCAAUAGCCCAAAAUGUUGGAAUACUUCACCUACAAGAAAAUCAAGAAGCAUCAGGCUGAGAAGAGAGCCCGGGCGCAAGUCCAAGAGCCCCUCAUCAACGAAGAAGAUGAGCACUUCCUUACACGCAUAGUAUCUGCAGAGGGAACGCCACCUCCUCUGCCAGAGCGCCCUCAGGGAUGGCGAAUCGAAGCUGGAGACUCGACGGGCAACGCGUCUCAGGUAAUUCCCGGCGGGGAAGAUUACGAACAUGAUGACAAUGGCAAUGCCAAGGGGAAGGAGAACGAGAAGCCCACGGAUACAAAGAAAGCUAAUCGCUUCUCCUUCCUCCACAGACACGGCACUAACAAGGACAACCUCAAACCCAGCCCCGAUGUCGACCCAGCUGAAGCCACCAAAGAAGAAGAUGACAUCAACCGCGUGCUCGACGACCUCAACCUCGCAGCGGUAAACAACCGCGCUUUUUCCAUCUCCAAAGAAUCCCAAGAGCUAGUCAGGAAAUUCACCGUCAUUCUCAAAGACCUCGUGAACGGGGUGCCAACCGCCUACGAUGACCUCGUGCACCUGCUCGACGACGCGCAAGGGACCUUGGCCAAAUCCUAUGACCAUUUGCCCAGCUUCCUGAAGAAGUUGAUCAAGCAGCUGCCGAAUAAAAUGACCAGUAAUCUGGCCCCGGAACUGUUGGCCGUGGCAACGGAGGCGCAGGCGGUCCAUGCUGCGUCUGGUUCUUCUUCUGGUGGAGGAUUGGGAGGCGCGGCUAAGGGUCUGUUCAAGAUCACUAGUCUGAAGGACUUGGUUACGAAGCCGGGGGCGGUGGUGAGCUUACUGAAAGCUAUCAUGAAUGCGCUCAAACUCCGAUGGCCAGCCUUUAUGGGCACCAAUGUUUUGCUAAGUCUUGCUUUAUUCGUCCUCCUCUUCGUAUUCUGGUACUGCCACAAACGAGGUCGCGAGACGAGGUUAGAGAAGGAGAGGGCCGUGGAUAGCGACGGCCGGGUCAUCGAGCUCGAUGACGAUCCUAUGAUCAGUGAAGCUGCUGCAAGGCAUGACCAAGGCCGUGAAUCAAGCGGAAGAGACACAACCCGCGAACAGCAUGAAGGAAGUAGCAGUUCGUCAAGCGGUGCGCCCGCGGAACGGAAUCCUGCACGCUCUACAGCCUAG